AUGCACGCCCCCCCAUCACCUCCUCUCGCCAUCCCCUCCCCCACUUCUCACCCUCACGGCCAUCGCCCCCUCCUGUAUGGCCCUCUCGCCUUCUCGUCUCACUGCUCAUCCACGCCUCCUGUGUGCCUCUUCCAUCGGACAUCUGCCCAUCCCUCCUGCUCCAUGCUUGAUGACUCUUGCCCCUCCUCCCCUCCCCUCCCAUCCCCUCCCCUCCCCUCCCCUCCCCUCCCCUCCCCUCCCAUCCCCUCCCCUCCCCUCCCCUCCCCUCCCCUCCCCUCCCCCCCCCUCCCCUCCCCUCCCCUCCCCUCCCCUCCCCUCCCCUCUCCUCCCCUCCCCUCCCCUCCCCUCCCCUCCCCUCCCCUCCCCUCCCCUCCCCUCCCCUCCCCUCCCCUCCCCUCCCCUCCCCUCCCCUCCCCUCCCCUCCCCUCCCCUCCCCUCCCCUCCCCUCCCCUCCCCUCCCCUCCCCUCCCCUCCCCUCCCCGCCCCUCCCCUUCCCUCCCCGCCCCUCCCCUCCACCCCGGAGGCCUGUGGACGGAGGAGCCUGAGACCACACCGCACCCGCUUGCCACCCUCACGGCCAUCGCCCUCUCCUGCGUGGUCCUCUCCCUCCUCGCCUCGCUGCUCCUCCACUUUGCCGCGCUGCGCGCCUCCUCCCGCAUGCACUCACUCAUGCUUGCCUCCGCGCCGGAAACCACACCGCACCCACUGGUCACGCUGGCAGCCAUCGCCCUGUCCUGUGUGGCCCUCUCCCUCCUCUCCUCGCUGCUCAUCCACUUCGCCGCGCUGCGCGCCUCCUCCCGCAUGCACUCACUUAUGCUUUCGUCCGUGCUCGCCUCGCCGCUGGCCUUCUUCCACCGCAACCCCACGGGCCGCGUGCUGAACCGGUUCAGUGAGGACCUCGGGGUUACCGAUGAUGUGCUGCCCCAGCUGCUGCUGGAUUUUCUGAAUGGCCUCCCAACCAUCCGAGCCUUUUCCCAGCAGCGCCGCUUCCACCGCCUCUUCCUGCGCCACGUCACCGCCAAUGCCACCCCGCACCUAUUCUGGAUCGCCACGUGGGAGUGGCUGGGCUUCCGAUUGGACCUCCUCGUUGCCGCCGCCCUGCUCUCCGCCGCCCUCGCCGCCGUGGCCCUGCGCCACUCGCUGCCGCCCGCCAUGGCCGCACUGGCUUUGUCUUAUCUGCUGCAGCUGCCGGACUCCCUGCGGUGGGCGCUGCAGUAUGGUGUGGAGCUCGAGAACACGGUGAGAGGGGGGGGGAAGGGUGGGGAUUGGGGAACAGCCAGGGGUGAGGGAAGGGAGGGAAGGGAAGUCUUCGGACUCCCUGCGCUGGGCGCUGCAAUACGGCGUGGAGCUCGAAAACACGGUACUGAAGAGGGUGGGGAGGGUGAGGCAGGGGGGAGAGACAAGGGCAAGGGAAGGGUGCUGGAUUCCCUGCGGUGGGCGCUGCAGUACGGCGUUGAGCUGGAGAACACGGUGAGGGGAGGUUGGUUGGUUGGAGGGGGUGCGGGGAAAGUGAGGGACAGAAAGGCUGCCAGACUCGUUAUGGUGGGCGCUGCAUUCACGAGUGUUGAGCGCACACUCGAGUACACCACGCUGCCAGGGGAAGAGCCUACACCUGCCAAAAGUAAAUCCAAGCAUCAGCAGCACAACAAGUGGCAGCAGCUGCAGCAGCAGCAACGACAACAGCAGCAGCAGCAGCAGCAGCAGCAGGAAGGCCCCACCACCAAAUCCUCCGUACCCAGCUUGCUGUUCGGAGCACUGCAAACAGCAAUCAGGCGCCUGUCCUUUAAGAUGGACAACAUCAUCAAGCCACUAUUCUCUCGCAAUCCGCCCUUCACCCACUGCCAAGCCACUGAUGCAGCACCAAACAGCAAGGAGGAGGAGGAGAGGAACAGCAGAAGCGCCGUUUGCCCCUCGUGGCCGUCAGCAGGGGCAGUGCGAGUGGAGCAGCUGACAGUGCGGUAUGGCAGUUCAGGGCUGGCAGUGCUGCGCAGCUUGAGCUUUCAGCUCGCAGGGGGAGAGAAGUGCGGUGUGGUGGGGCGAACAGGUGCAGGAAAAUCCACCCUCAUGCUCGCGCUGCUGCGGUUGGUGGAAGCGUCUUCGGGGAGCAUUCACAUCGAUGGUGUGGACAUUGCAUCGCUGCCCCUCGCCACCCUGCGAAGCAAGGUGGUGGCCAUUCCUCAAGAGCCGGUUCUCUUUAGCCAGUCAUUGCGAUUCAACCUUGAUCCCCUGGGGCAGCACAGUGACGAGGCCCUGUGGUCGGUGCUGGCAACGGUGCACCUAAAGCCGCUGGUGGCGGGGCUGCUGGGGGGGUUAGAGGGUGCCCUGGCUCAGGGCGGGGGGAACCUCUCCCUGGGGCAGAGGCAACUGCUCUGCCUCGCAAGAGCGUUGCUGGCAUCAACACGCGUGUUGCUGAUGGAUGAAGCGACAGCGAGCAUGGAUGGGGAGAGCGAUGCAGCGAUCAAAUCCAUCCUGCGGGAGUCAUUCAAGCACAGCACCGUCAUCACCAUUGCACACCGGCUCUCCACGGUUCUUGAUUACGACCAGGCAAGUCAGAAGAGUGUUGAAUGUGCCCCUUGCUCACGUCCAUGUAUGUGUGUGCGCACACCCAUCAUGCCCACGUCUGUGAGUGCAUGUGCGCACACCUUCGUGCCAACGUCUGUGAGUGCAUGUGCGCACACCUUCAUGCCAACGUCUGUGAGUGCAUGUGUGCACACCUUCAUGCCAACGUCUGUGAGUGCAUGUGCGCACACCUUCAUGCCAACGUCUGUGAGUGCAUGUGCGCACACCUUCGUGCCAACACCCUACGCACGCACACCCCACGCCUCCUUACGCGUGUCCUCCCUUGCUGAAGCCGGAACCUUCAUCUUCGUGGUGAAGGCCAGUUCAUCGCCUUCGAUCGACUCGCAUGACUCAUCACUCUCAGACCGCUUCAAGUCCGACUUCUCCGACUCUCUCACGAUCAGCCGCUUGAUGAACGGCGGGAAGAACGGCCAUAGUCGUUGCCGGAGCUCGGGCAGCCGCCAAUCGUCGCACGUGACUACCCCGCGGCAGAUCGACGCGCCGCAGUGGCAACUGAAAUUAUCGCUGCUGGUGCGGACGACGCCUGCGUUCGCGCUACCGUAG